AUGCGGACCAAGGCUCGCCUGGAGGAUCCAGGGGAUGGCUUGAAAAGAGCUUCUGAUACCGAGCAGGAUGCUGCUGUGAAACUCGACCAGGAGCGGGCUGACAUAGUCGCCAAAUAUGACAAGGGAAAAGAGGCCAUCGUGGAGCCCUGGGAGGACACCAACUUCCACCUGUACAAAGUCGUCGACCGCUUCGGCUUUGUCCAUGAGAAUGAACUUCCAUCCUACGACUCACUGGAGGAGAAGCAAAAACACACGGAGGUGGAGAGAACCACUAAAUGGCUGAAGAUGCUGAAGAGCUGGGACAAAUACAAGAACAGUGAGAAGCUGGUCCGGAGGAUCUAUAAGGGCAUUCCGCUGCAGCUCCGAGGGGAAGUCUGGUGCCUGCUGCUCGAUAUUCCCAAAAUAAAGGAGGAGAAGAAAGACUUCUAUGAGAAGCUGAAGGCCAGAGCCAGAGGUCUGUCCCCCGACAUCCGACAGAUCGACCUGGAUGUGAACAGAACCUACAGAGACCACAUCAUGUUCAUGCACCGCUACGACGUCAAGCAGCAGGCUCUCUUCCACGUCCUCACAGCCUACUCCAUGUACAACACGGAGGUGGGCUACUGCCAGGGCAUGAGUCAGAUCACAGCUCUGCUGCUGAUCUACAUGAACGAGGAGGAUGCCUUCUGGGCUCUGGUCAAACUACUGUCCGGGCAGAAGCACUCCAUGCACGGGUUUUUUGUCCCUGGUUUCCCAAAGCUGAUGCGUUUCCAGGAGCACCAUGACCGCAUCCUCAAGAAGAUGAUCCCCAAGCUGAAACAACACCUGGACAACCAAGAAGUGUUUACCAGUCUCUACACCAUGAAGUGGUUCUUCCAGUGCUUCCUGGACAGAACUCCCUUCACACUCACCCUCAGGAUCUGGGAUAUCUAUAUUUUAGAGGGUGAACGAGUGCUGCCUUCCAUGUCCUACACUAUCCUCAAACUGCACAAAAAACACCUCUUGAAGUUGUCCAUGGAGGAGCUGGUGGAGUUUCUGCAGGUGUCUCUGGCCAAAAAUUUCUACUUUGAAGAUGACUUUGUGGUCGAUCAACUGCAGGCGUCCAUGACCGAGCUCAGGAAGGCGAAGCUGGAUCUACCAGCACCAGGUAAAGAGGACGAGUUUCCCAAGAAGCUUUUAGGGCAGCUUCCUCCCGAGCCGGGAGCGGCCGUGGCCAACCACGUGGGCAACGGUCAAAGCCACACGGAGCCAGCGGACCCCCCCAGAGACCCGAGCCCCGCGCCGGACCCCCAAAGGGAGAGCCGGCCGCCCAGCUGGUCGCGCCGGGAUUCGCUUGACCGGCCGAUCCGCCACAACAAGGCGGCCAAGGCGGCCUCCCACGUCCGGGGGUCCAGCGAGCUCCUGGUCGAGCCGCAGAAGCGGUCAUCGUCGGCUACCCCCGAGAGGGGAGCCACCCCGCCGCCAUUGGGCACAGCGGACCGGAGGAAGGCGCACGGCCACGCCGCGGCCAACCACAACGCCAACGCGGCCCCCGGCUCCCACCGGGACAUCGCGCCGCGCUGGUUCAAGCCCUCCGAGACCAAGCUGGAGGCGGUCAAGGCGGCGGCGGCGCGGGAGAGCCACCGGAGCCGCGGCGCCUCGCCGGCCCCCUCCAGCCCAGACGAGGGCCUCCAGGCCGCCCGCCGGCCGCGGUCCCGGGGCCUUGCCCCCGGCGCCGACCGCGGCUCCAACGCCUCCCAGUACGACAACGUCCCGGGGCUGCCGGAGCAGGACUUCGAGAUCCUGGAGCUGGAGAAACCGCCGUCCAGGAUGCAGUUCGGCGCGCCGGCGCCUUAUCAGGGCAGCCCCGGCCACGUUCCGGGACCGGUCGGGGGUCUUCAGUACUCCCCAAACAGUCUGGCUGCAAUUCCGGCCGCUUACGCCACCGGUCAGAGCCGGUACCGCGCUCCCGUCCAGCACAGCUCCCCGGGGAGAACCACGACCGAGGUCCCCAUCCUCCACCCGGCCUACAGCGUGAGCCUGGACCAGAGCAGGCCGGACGGACUCUUUUCCCCGCCGCCCCGGUUCACCUCGUCCUCCGGCGUGGCCUACGGGGAGCCGGCGUACGCCACCGCCCAGCGGCACCAUAACAGCCGCUCCCCCGAGAAGGCCCUCAUGAACAACUCUUUCGCCACCUACCGCAGGCAGCCUCCUUCCGGCCAGGUGCGAAGCGUCCACAACAACAGGUCCCCCCCCGACCAGCUAGAAACCCACGGCAGGUCCACCCCCAUCUACCGGCAGCAGCUCACGUCCACCGGCCAGACGGACAGGCCCCGGCGGGUCCCCGACGGCCUCCGGUGGGAGGCAGGCGGCGAGCCCCCGUCCCCCGGCGGCAUGCCCCGCUCGCCCAGCUUCCAGCGGGCCCAGAUGUCCCCCGUCGAGGAGUUCACUUUCCCAGACCCCCCUCCGCCGCCCCACUACAGGACACAGUUUCCGGAGCAACAGCCGGUGGUGGUGCAGCAGCAGCUCCCCCCGCUGUUCGGAGGACCACACUACAGGCACGCACAGGAGGCGUUCGCCAUGCAGGAGUCCAUGCUCCUGUGA